AUGUACGUCCAAAACCGAAUAUUUCCAACAAUUCGGUGUCUAUCUUCAAUCCGGAUGUUCCAGAGGCCGAAAUCCAGAAGAUAUUGUCCAAAUUGGAACAAUCAAUGCACAAUUGAUAAGAAUAGUCACUCUGGGGCACUUUCCAAGGAUCUUCCUGAAUUGGUGGGUGAUCCAAAACCUUCUACGAGUGGUUACAAAGCCAAUAAUCACUCCAGGCCGUCGCUAGUUGUUACCAUUCCUAGAGACAGGAUCAAAAAAGCUUUAGAUAGGUGGUGGAAUAUUUAA